GGUUACAGUGACGAGCCCGGGCGACCCUCCCCGGCCCGCGCGCGGGGAGAGGGGAGCGCGGACGGCGGCGGGAGCGCGCGGGAAGCUCUAAGACCCAGCAGCGCUUGUCGGUUUUGGGGCUGGAGGUGAAGCCCUGUGUGAAUGGGGUUGAUUGUCUGGCGCGACUUCCCCGCGCUGCCCCAGGCCAUGUCCAGCGCGCUGCCCGGCGGCCGCCUUCCCCAACCCCGGGUCUGAACUAGCCAUGAUCGCCUCAUGUGGAGGACAAAGUUGCGCCGGGGAACCUGUGAGCCUGCGGUGAAAGGUCCCCCUCCUGCUUGUUAUACCCCUGUCCAGGUUCUAGAAGACUCCAACUACUUUUCCCCAGACUUUCAGCUCUAUUCUGGGAGGCAUGAAAUAUCUGCUUUGACGGUGGAGGCAACCAAUAGCAUCAAGGAAAAAGUUGUUGAAGAUCCUCUUUGUAACUUCCACUCCCCAAACUUCCUGAGGAUCUCAGAGGUGGAAAUGAGAGGUUCCGAGGAUGCAGCAGCUGGAACAGUAUUGCAGCGGCUGAUCCAGGAACAACUGCGGUAUGGCACCCCGACUGAGAACAUGAACUUGCUGGCCAUUCAGCACCAGGCCACAGGGAGUGCAGGACCAGCCCACCCUACAAACAACUUUUCUUCCACGGAAAACCUCACCCAAGAAGACCCACAAAUGGUCUACCAGUCGGCACGCCAAGAACCGCAGGGUCAAGAACACCAGGUGGACAAUACGGUGAUGGAGAAACAGGUGCGGUCCACGCAGCCUCAGCAGAACAACGAGGAACUGCCCACUUACGAGGAGGCCAAAGCGCAGUCGCAGUUCUUCAGGGGGCAGCAGCAGCAGCAGCAACAGCAGCAGGGGGCGGUGGGCCAUGGUUACUACAUGGCAGGGGGCACCAGUCAGAAGUCCCGAACUGAGGGGAGGCCCACUGUGAACCGUGCCAACAGUGGACAGGCGCAUAAGGACGAGGCGCUGAAGGAACUGAAGCAGGGCCACGUCCGCUCACUCAGCGAGAGAAUCAUGCAGCUAUCCCUGGAGAGGAAUGGGGCCAAGCAACACCUUCCCGGCUCGGGGAAUGGAAAGGGCUUCAAAGCAGGAGGGGGGCCUUCCCCUGCCCAGCCUGCAGGUAAAGUGCUUGACCCUCGAGGUCCUCCACCUGAGUACCCCUUCAAGACCAAGCAAAUGAUGUCUCCGGUCAGCAAGACCCAGGAGCACGGGCUUUUCUAUGGUGACCAGCACCCUGGGAUGCUCCAUGAGAUGGUCAAGCCCUACCCUCCUCCUCAGCCUGUGAGAACAGACGUGGCCGUCCUGCGGUACCAGCCACCCCCUGAGUAUGGGGUAACAAGCCGCCCAUGCCAACUUCCGUUCCCGUCAACCAUGCAGCAGCACAGCCCCAUGUCCUCCCAGACCUCCUCCAUCAGCGGGCCACUGCACUCCGUCUCCCUGCCGCUUCCACCCCCGAUGGCCCUGGGCGCUCCACAGCCCCCACCCGCCGCCUCCCCCAGCCAGCAGCUUGGCCCAGAUGCCUUUGCAAUUGUGGAGCGAGCCCAGCAAAUGGUGGAGAUAUUGACAGAGGAGAACCGGGUGCUUCACCAGGAACUUCAGGGUUACUACGACAAUGCUGACAAGCUCCACAAGUUUGAAAAAGAACUUCAGAGAAUUUCGGAAGCCUAUGAAAGUCUGGUCAAGUCUACCACCAAGCGAGAGUCACUGGACAAGGCGAUGAGAAACAAAUUGGAAGGCGAGAUUAGAAGACUUCAUGAUUUCAACAGAGACCUCCGAGAUCGACUGGAGACUGCCAACAGGCAACUAUCCAGCAGGGAAUACGAAGGGCAUGAAGACAAAGCUGCAGAGGGGCAUUAUGCUUCCCAGAACAAAGAAUUCUUGAAGGAAAAGGAGAAGUUACAAAUGGAGUUAGCAGCAGUGCGGACUGCAAGUGAGGACCAUCGGAGACACAUUGAGAUCCUGGACCAGGCCUUGAGCAAUGCCCAGGCCAGGGUCAUCAAGCUGGAAGAGGAGUUACGAGAGAAGCAAGCAUAUGUUGAAAAAGUCGAGAAGCUGCAGCAGGCCCUGACCCAGCUGCAGUCUGCAUGUGAGAAGCGAGAGCAGAUGGAGCGAAGACUGCGGACUUGGUUGGAGAGAGAGCUGGACGCGCUGAGAACCCAGCAGAAACAUGGAAAUGGCCAGCCAGCCAACAUACCAGAAUACAAUGCCCCAGCCCUCUUGGAACUUGUGCGGGAGAAGGAGGAGCGGAUCCUGGCCCUGGAGGCCGACAUGACGAAGUGGGAGCAGAAGUACCUGGAGGAGAGCACCAUCCGACACUUUGCCAUGAAUGCCGCAGCCACUGCAGCAGCUGAGAGGGACACUACGAUCAUCAACCACUCACGGAAUGGCAGCUACGGAGAGAGCUCGCUGGAGGCCCACAUCUGGCAGGAGGAAGAGGAGGUGGUGCAGGCCAACAGAAGGUGUCAAGACAUGGAAUACACUAUUAAAAAUCUCCAUGCCAAAAUCAUAGAGAAGGAUGCUAUGAUUAAGGUCUUGCAGCAGCGAUCUCGUAAAGAUACUGGGAAGACAGACUCCUCCAGCCUACGUCCUGCCCGCUCCGUUCCAUCCAUAGCCGCGGCCACUGGGACACACUCUCGCCAGACCUCUCUUACCAGCAGCCAGCUGGCCGAGGAGAAGAAGGAAGAGAAGACCUGGAAGGGGAGCAUAGGAUUGCUGCUGGGGAAGGAGCACUACGAACAUGCCUCCACCCCGCUGCCGCCACCCCCGCCCGCCUCAGCACUGUCCCCCACAGCCUCCACCACGGCAGCCAGCAGUGCCCACGCCAAGACGGGCAGCAAGGACAGCAGCACACAGACCGACAAGAGUGCUGAGCUCUUCUGGCCCAACAUGGCUUCCCUCCCCAGCCGCGGCCGGCUGAGCACGACCCCUGCUCACAGCCCCGUCCUGAAACACCCAGCGGCCAAAGGGACCGCAGAGAAACUGGAGAACUCUCCUGGCCACGGAAAGUCGCCUGACCACAGAGGCCGGGUCAGCAGCUUGCUGCACAAGCCCGAGUUCCCCGACGGAGAGAUGAUGGAAGUCCUCAUCUAACUGCCAUCCCUGUGGAAUUUCAGAACACAACAUUGACAAACAAGGAAAGUGGCAGAGAAAGAAGAAAGAUCUAGAAGGUCGUAGAUGGGAAAUCAGGAAUGAUUUCAACUGAUAAAGAUUUCAGACUCAUAAGAACACAUUUCAUAAAUGUUCAACACAAAAACAGGAGACCUACGUGACUGAAGGUAGAAGAGAACGCAAUGGAUUUUAUUGGACAUAGUGGAAGAGAGAAGAGGCAUGUAGGUUUGCAAACAAAGUUAAGAAAUAGGAAAUGGAAUUUUUCAUUGUACUGAAAAUAUAUCUCUUGGGGAGGGCCUGUGUACCCCUAUUCUCUGAUUACAAAGAGAUAAACCCAAAUGUGGAUCCUCCUUGGAAUACCCCCA